CAUGCCAGUUCUCUUGCAGGCAUAGUCACCGCUCUAGCUACUCCCACACGCAGCACGCAUGGAGGCCGUUGCGUCCGACGCUGCUACACAGAUCUUGGGCAGGGCAAGCGCAGGAGGUUUCACGAGGGACAGGAGAGACUAUCUCGUCGGGAUAUGCAUCCUGCUCGUCGUGGUGUUUCUCUGGACAGCGUCCAACUUUGUCACGCAGGAUCUGUUUGAAGGCGGCUAUGAUAAACCUUUCUGGAUAACAUAUAUAUCCACCGCCUCUUUCACACUCUAUUUGUUUCCGUACAUGCUGAGACGGGCCUUUGGAACCGCGAAGCUGGAAGAAGGAGGCUACCAACCGCUGAGAACCGAAGGUCCUCUCGAGGAGUUACCACAACCUACACCCGAUCCGCCAGUGCAUGGCGAAGCGCCACCGCCGCUGACGACCCGCGAGACUGCAAAUCUUGCAGGGUGGUUCUGCUUUCUGUGGUUUAUCGCUAACUGGUCGUUGAAUGCCGCACUGGGGUAUACCAGCGUCGCGAGCGCGACCAUCUUGUCAAGCAUGAGUGGUUUCUUUACGCUCGCUAUUGGCCGUAUCUUCCGCGUCGAGAGUCUAACCCUGGUGAAGAUCGGAGCCGUUGCCACAAGCUUCGGCGGAGUCGUCCUUGUCUCACUAUCCGACAAUAGUUCGGACUCUGAGGGUAAAGAUGCACCGGGAAAUGCAUUUGCACCUGCACGCAUUGUCGGCGACAUCUUGGCACUACUUUCAGCGUUCUUCUAUGCGACCUACAUGACCCUGCUCAAAGUCCGGAUACGUGAAGAAUCCCGGAUAGACAUGCAGCUUUUCUUCGGCUUUGUCGGGCUCUUCAACGUCCUGUUCUUGUGGCCCAUGGGCGUGCUGCUACAUUUCGCACGGAUAGAGCGAUUCGAGCUGCCUGUCUCGAGCAGGGUCGUGGUUGCACUCUUAAUUAGCAUGGGAAUUACGCUGUCAAGUGACUAUCUCUAUGUGCUCGCUAUGCUGAAGACUACGCCUCUCGUGGUUACCAUCGGACUUUCUCUCACGAUGCCUCUCGCCGUCGUCGGCGACUUCAUCCUGCACAAGCCGUCCACGCUUCAGGUUAUUCUCGGUGCCGCGAUUGUCCUCCUGAGCUUCGUAGCCGUCGGACUGGAAGAUUCCCGGAACAGCGGUGAGAAGGAUUUGAUAUCCGGCAAGCCCCUGGACGAGGAGCGAGUGGUUGCCGGAGAUGAGUCCGAGGAAGAAGUAAACAUCGAGUCCCAUGCCCUGUCCUCGUAACUUGUAUCUUUGUCCGAUGUCCGUGUGAUGUGCCCCGCUUUGAACUUCCUGUAGAUCCCCUUCCCCU